CCCCAAGCCGGGAACAUCAAGAACAGAGAGAAUCACAAGCCAACACCAACAACACCCCAAGACUCCAAACUCCAACAAGCCGAGAUCACCACCCUCUUUCCGACACUACGGCGGCAUCACGAGUCACCGAUUACUCCGGGGUCUCUGAGUUGCGACCAGCAGAGACCCCUCGAACAAAGACGCAUCAAUCCGUCUCGAUCCCUUCGACCCGUUCCCCUGCGUCUCGAUUCCCCAGUCCCAGUUCCGACUCGAGUCGAGAGAAGGGUAGCGGCAUGUCUAAUCUCGAAACCCAACACCACAUCUCCCACUCUGGACCAGAUUCCGCGAGUUCGGCAGCAGAAUAUGGCGUGCCACCCACCACUCUUGCCGACUCGGUGACCGAAGAGCUGGAGGAGACAGAAACAGCAGGGCACGACAUAACAGAGGAGAAGACUGACAUAGCGCCGGCCGACCCAAUGCAAGACCCUAGCCGGAUAACGGGGCUGGAAAGAUGGGCAGUCCAGGCUUCGGAUUCGCAGUUCAAUGCGCUCGCCGGCGCAGUGGGAGGCUUGAUGUCCGGCGUGAUUACCUGCCCGCUGGAUGUCAUAAAGACCAAGUUGCAAGCGCAGGGCGCGGGGCACCAUGUGGGCCAGCCUAGGAUGUACAAUGGCUUGGUAGGCACGGCGAAGGUAAUAUGGAAGCAUGAGGGCAUUCGCGGCAUGUAUAGGGGUUUGGGUCCCAUAAUAAUGGGUUACUUGCCCACUUGGGCCGUCUGGUUCACAGUCUACAACAAGAGCAAGAUAUGGCUAGGCGAAUACUCCGACAAACCAGUUGCGGUAAACUUUGGCGCAUCCAUCAUAGCUGGCGCUAGUAGUACCAUCGCGACCAACCCGAUAUGGGUCAUCAAGACCCGACUGAUGUCGCAGUCAGCAUCGCACGACACCCCUUGGCACUACAAGUCCACGUUCGAUGCCGCGCGCAAGAUGUACACCACCGAGGGCAUUCUGGCCUUCUACUCCGGAUUGACACCUGCUCUUCUGGGUCUCACUCACGUGGCCGUCCAAUUCCCCGCCUACGAGUUCCUCAAGACCAAGUUUACUGGACAAGGCAUGGGCGGCGCCGCCGGCGACCAGAACACCAAGCCAAGCUUUAUGGGCACUUUUGCCGCCUCCGUCCUCUCCAAGAUUCUCGCCAGCAGCGCGACGUAUCCCCACGAGGUCAUCAGGACGAGACUGCAGACACAGCGCAAGCCGAUGCUGGAACAGGAGCACUUGCAGGGUCUGGGAGUGGUUUCCAAGAACGGCGCUGAGUCAAAGCAGCUGGCAACAUCACUGCCCAAGUACAGAGGCGUGGUGGGCACCUUCAAGACCAUGCUCAAGGAGGAAGGGUGGAGGGCGUUUUACGCUGGUAUGGGAACCAACAUGAUGAGAGCCGUCCCCGCGGCGACCGUCACCAUGCUCACGUACGAGUACGUGAUGAACCACCUGAAGCAGGCGAGGCAGCAUGGAAAGGAGAAGCUGGCCAAGGUUGCGGAGGUUGCGGCUGUGAAGGCUGAGAGUGGAGAGAGGCUUGAGAGGCCUGAGAUUUCCAGCAGCACCAGCAGCUAGAGACGUGCAAUGGGAUCGAAGGGUGCUCACAUGUCUUGAGUAGGUGAGGGUUCGAAAGUUGGAUAUUUAUAUAUGUAGCUUAUAUAUGGCGCGAAGCGAACAUACACACACACACACACACAUACACACACAGACGGAACGCGCGCAAAGUGGAAAAGCGGAA